AUGAUGGAUUAUUAUAGAUCUUCACCACGACGUUCUAUUGGUGUCUCACGUUCAGACAUUGACUUUCCGAUGAUUGACAAUCUCCCUGCUCACUGGGAUUUGCUUCAUCCUUCAGAUUUAGAUCAAUACGUACAACUUCGCACAAGUUUUUACGAUGAGAUCAAAAUGUCAAAGAAAGGCGAGCGCUUAGAGUCCUUUAUCAAACGCCUGAAACGCAUUCGUGAAUUCGUUGAACGCGGUGAUGGCGAUGAUUGGAAGCGAGGUUUAGUAUGCGGAAUCAUUUUCUUAUCUAAUGGAAUUGCUAUUCACAUUCAGCAAUUCCGCUUGCUUCUAGGAAAGUGCAAAUCCUCUAUUAAUGGCUCUCUCCAGCAAAUUGGAUUUAUUGCUCACCCUCAAGGUGGCCCAAUCGAAGAGGAGUUGUGUGAUAAGGUUCCAAUCUUCCGCAAAGAGCACAGUGAGGUUAAAAAGUGGACAGUAAGAGAUUGCAACGCAGAAGUCAAUCCUCUCAACGAGAAUACCAACAAAACCGCGGUUACUCAUCCAGAACCAACAGUACAAGCUGUGAUUAACCAAAAUGCUAUGCCUGCACAGAAGGAAGAGAAGAUCCUCUCUUGGGAUGCCUCAUUCUUCCCAAUUCCAAUUAAGUUCAGGUACAAAUACAAUGCACUGUUCAGGAACAACCUUGUUGCACCAACAACAGUGUAA